AUGAAAUUUACUCCAAGUGUGGUGAUCGAUGCACCUACAUACUAUGUUGAUCAUUUUAAUGGUAGAUUCAAUACAGACAAGUGCGUAAUUCUGAGAAACAUGCAACUGGAAACUGAUUCAGAACUAAUGACUAUAAGCCUUAGACAUUUACCUCAUCCAGUUCAAAUAUUAGAUUUAACAAAUAACGAAUUGACGGAGUUCCCAUACUUACGAGAUAAUAAGGACAUUCACACUUUACUGUUGUCAAGAAACCAAAUCUCACAAUUAAAUGGCGAUUACUUACCACGCCAUCUAGUCCAUCUAGUUAUUUGUAACAAUAACAUAGUAUCGUUUGAACAGUUGAAUGGGCUGCAAAACUGUCCAAAAUCCCUACGGAGUCUUCAAUUGAGAGGUAACAGAGUUAUUCACUUAGAGGGUUACAGAGAAUAUGUGCUUCGACUUAUACCAAGCUUACAGAUACUAGACUAUAGUCGUGUGAGUGAUCAAGAAAGAAAGCAUUCAAAGAGCGUAGAAUUGUCAGAUAGAAGUAUUGAUUUGAAAAAAGAUUCUGACAUCAUGCCUAGAGAUAAGGAUCUGGAGAUGAUGCACAUGGUAAUUGGUAAGAUGAGUGAAGAAAGAAAGAAAGAGCUCAACGAACAAUUGGCCAAUGCUACAUCCUUGGAUGAAAUUUCCAGAAUAGAAAAAUUACUUUCCGGUGGAGUAUGA